AUUCAAGAAGAAUUCAUGACUAAACUCUAUCAGGUCUUGGAGACUGGGAAGAUUGGCAUAUUUGAAAGCCCAACCGGCACGGGAAAAUCUUUGAGUCUCAUUUGUGGAGCCCUCUCGUGGCUCCGAGACUUUGAAGAGAAAAAGAGACAGGAAGAGGCCCGCCUGCUGGCGAACGGAAGUAAUGGAAAGAGUGCCAAAGAGCAGCCUGGGAAGGGAAGCCAGGCAUCGGCCGGGGAGCCCGACUGGAUCACCCAGUUUGUGCAGAAGAAAGAAGAACGGGAAAUGGUCCACAGGCUGAAGGAGGAGCAGGUCAGGAGGAAGAAGCGAGAAGAACGUCUGGAGCAAAUUCGCCACAACGUGCAGCUGAAAUACACUUCUAAAAGAAAGAGGAUGGAGGAGGAAGAGGCAGAGCAGCUACUCCAGCUCAGUAAGGACAUGUUGUCUCACCCGGAUGAGUUGGGUACUUUGGAGCCGUUGGAUCGGAGUGAGGAAGAUCUGAUCCUUGCAGAGUACGAGAGCGAUGAGGAGAAGAAAGUGGGAAGUAGGUUAAGUGAAGAAGACGAUGAUGAAGAUAUAGAGGAGGAGCAUGUAACUAAGAUUUACUACUGCAGCCGAACACAUUCGCAGCUGGCUCAGUUUGUACAUGAGGUUCAGAAGAGCCCUUUCGGCAAGGAGACGCGACUGGUCUCCUUGGGGUCUAGGCAGAACCUCUGUGUGAAUGAGGAAGUGAGGCACCUGGGAGCCGUCCAGCUCAUCAACGACCGUUGUAUGGAGAUGCAGAAGAAUAAACAUGAGAAGAGUAACACAGGAGAGGAGGCAGAGGGGAAGAAAAGGCGAGUGAGCCGAACAGUUUGUCCAUUUUACUCCUAUGAGCCCAUGCAGCUCCUUCGGGAUGAAGUUCUGGUUGAGGUGAAAGAUAUUGAGCAGCUGGUGACUCUGGGGAAGGGAAUGAAGGCCUGCCCGUAUUAUGGAAGCCGAUAUGCUAUCCCAGCUGCUCAGCUGGUGGUGUUGCCAUAUCAAAUGCUUCUGCAUGGAGCUACUAGAAGUGCGUCUGGGAUCAAGCUGAAGGAUCAGGUGGUGAUCAUUGACGAAGCCCACAAUCUGAUAGAUACCCUCACCUGCAUCUACAGUGCCCAGGUUAGCGGUUCUCAGCUGUGCUGUGCCCAUUCCCAGCUGUUGCAGUACAUGGAGCGCUACAGGAAGCGCUUGAAAGCAAAGAACCUGAUGUACAUUAAGCAGAUUCUGUUUCUGCUGGAGAAGUUUGUGGCUGUUCUUGGAGGAAAUAUAAAUCAGAAUCCAAACACUCAGAGCAUUCCACAAGCAGGGGUGCAGCUGAAAUCUAUCAAUGACUUUCUGUUCCAGUGCCAGAUUGACAACAUCAACCUCUUCAAGGUUCAACACUACUGUGCGAAAAGCCUCAUCAGCAGGAAGCUCUUUGGCUUUAUCGAAAGGUACGGGGCUUCUGGAGCUCUGAAAACCCGGAAAGAAGACCAGAAGAUAUCGGGCUUGCAGAAUUUCCUGCAAACUUUGAACAAGAGGCAAGAGAAGGAAGGGACUCAACACAGCUCCCCUGGAGAGGCUGAGGAUGAGCAGCCAAAAAUGGCAUCUCCCCUAAUGCACAUUGAGGGGUUCCUGGCUGCGCUCACAAACGCAAACCAAGAUGGAAGAGUCAUCCUCACCCGGCAAGGCACUUUAGCUCAGAGCAGCCUCAAGUUUCUUCUUCUGAAUCCGGCGGUGCACUUUGCCCAGGUGCUGAAGGAGUGUCGGGCCGUGGUCAUUGCUGGAGGCACCAUGCAGCCGGUAGCCGAUUUCCGGGAGCAACUGCUUGUCUGCGCUGGUGUCGGUGCCGACAGGAUCGAGGAGUUCUCCUGCGGUCACGUGAUUCCCCCAGACAACAUUUUACCCAUCAUCCUCUGCAGUGGCCCAUCCAACCAGCAGCUGGAAUUCACCUAUGAGAAGCGAGGGCUACCUCAGAUGAUGGCUGAGGUGGGGCGGAUCCUUUGCAACCUGUGCAACGUCGUCCCUGGGGGCGUGGUGUGCUUCUUCCCCUCUUACGAGUACGAGAAGCAGGUUUAUACGCAUUGGGAGAAGACCGGGGUGCUUACCCAGCUGGCCUCUAAAAAGAAGAUAUUUCAGGAACCAAAGCGAGCGAACCAGGUGGAGCAGGUGUUGGCUGAAUAUGCCAAGAGCAUCAAGCGUUGCAGCCAAUCAGGAGGCCCCAUGACAGGAGCGCUGCUGUUCUCCGUCGUUGGUGGGAAAAUGAGCGAAGGAAUCAAUUUUUCCGAUGACCUGGGAAGGUGUGUGAUCAUGGUGGGCAUGCCUUACCCCAACAUCAAGUCUCCAGAACUUCAAGAGAAAAUGGCAUACCUUGACAAGACUAUGCCAAAAACCACAGGCCAGGCACCAGGCAGAACUCUGAUUGAGAACUUGUGCAUGAAAGCGGUCAACCAGUCAAUAGGGAGAGCAAUUCGCCAUCAAAAGGACUUUGCCAGCAUUGUGCUCUUAGAUCACAGGUAUGCCCGCCCAGCUAUUUUCAACAAACUACCUCAGUGGAUCAAGAGCAGGACUCAGACCAAACCUGUCUUUGGGCCAGCCUUUGCAGCACUAAGAAAGUUUCAUGUGGAGAAGAGAUCCAGUUGUGAGUCUUUACCCUCCAGAUAACGGAAAUGCUUGCAGCUGCCUCAUCCCUCUGUGUGAAGUGCCUUCAGUGUUUGUUUAUGUCAAUAUUGUUUUUUGAAUUUCUCAAUAGCUAAAGCAUUCUUUCAAACUUCA